AGCGCCGCCGCUGAGAGGGGGCGCGCGCGGGUGUGAGCGUGUGUCCGUGUGCGAGUGUGUGUGCGCCGGGCGGGCGGGCACUGCAGCUUCUUCCUCCGUGGAGCGGAGAGCGAGAGAGAGCUAGAGCGAGCGAGAGAGCGGCGAAGGCGGGCAGAGGGGCGCGGGCGAGGCGGAGCAGCCAUCCCCGGGCCCGGCGCCGCGCCGCCACCAUGCUAAACAACCUGACGGACUGCGAGGACGGCGAUGGGGGAGCCAACCCCGGUGAUGGCAACCCCAAGGAGAGCAGCCCCUUCAUCAACAGCACUGACACAGAGAAGGGAAGGGAGUAUGAUGGCAAGAAUAUGGCCCUGUUUGAGGAGGAGAUGGACACCAGCCCCAUGGUGUCCUCCCUGCUCAGUGGCCUGGCCAACUACACCAACCUGCCCCAGGGAAGUAGGGAGCAUGAAGAGGCAGAAAACAAUGAGGGUGGAAAAAAGAAGCCAGUGCAGGCCCCACGCAUGGGCACCUUCAUGGGUGUGUACCUACCAUGCCUGCAGAACAUCUUUGGUGUCAUCCUCUUCCUGAGGCUCACUUGGGUGGUGGGCAUCGCAGGCAUCAUGGAGGCCUUCUGCAUGGUCUUCAUCUGCUGCUCCUGUACAAUGCUCACGGCCAUCUCCAUGAGUGCAAUCGCAACCAAUGGUGUUGUACCUGCUGGCGGCUCCUACUACAUGAUUUCCAGGUCUCUGGGCCCAGAGUUUGGGGGCGCCGUUGGCCUCUGCUUCUACCUGGGCACUACAUUUGCUGGGGCCAUGUACAUUCUGGGCACCAUCGAAAUCCUGCUGGCUUACCUCUUCCCAGCUAUGGCCAUUUUUAAGGCAGAAGAUGCCAGUGGGGAGGCAGCAGCCAUGUUGAACAAUAUGCGUGUGUAUGGCACCUGUGUGCUCACUUGCAUGGCCACUGUGGUAUUUGUGGGCGUCAAGUAUGUCAACAAGUUUGCCCUUGUCUUCCUGGGUUGUGUCAUCCUCUCCAUCCUGGCCAUCUAUGCUGGGGUCAUCAAAUCUGCCUUCGACCCACCCAACUUCCCGAUCUGCCUCCUGGGGAACCGCACACUAUCUCGCCAUGGCUUUGAUGUCUGUGCCAAGCUGGCUUGGGAAGGAAAUGAGACGGUGACCACACGGCUCUGGGGCCUUUUCUGUUCCUCCCGUUUCCUCAACGCCACCUGUGAUGAGUACUUCACCCGAAACAAUGUCACGGAGAUCCAGGGCAUCCCUGGCGCUGCCAGUGGCCUCAUCAAAGAGAACCUCUGGAGCUCCUACCUGACCAAGGGGGUGAUUGUGGAGAGACGUGGGAUGCCCUCGGUGGGCCUGGCAGAUGGCACCCCUGUCGACAUGGACCAUCCUUAUGUCUUCAGCGACAUGACCUCCUACUUCACCCUGCUGGUUGGCAUCUACUUCCCCUCAGUCACAGGGAUCAUGGCUGGUUCUAACCGUUCUGGAGACCUACGGGAUGCCCAGAAGUCAAUUCCCACUGGCACUAUCCUGGCCAUUGCCACCACCUCUGCUGUCUACAUCAGUUCUGUUGUUCUGUUUGGGGCCUGCAUUGAGGGGGUCGUCCUGCGGGACAAGUUUGGCGAAGCUGUGAAUGGCAACCUGGUGGUGGGAACACUGGCCUGGCCAUCCCCUUGGGUCAUUGUCAUCGGAUCCUUCUUCUCCACCUGUGGGGCUGGGCUGCAGAGCCUCACGGGGGCCCCGCGCCUGCUGCAGGCUAUCUCCCGGGACGGAAUAGUGCCCUUCCUGCAGGUCUUUGGCCACGGCAAAGCCAACGGAGAGCCAACAUGGGCCUUGCUCCUGACAGCCUGCAUCUGUGAGAUUGGCAUUCUCAUUGCAUCCCUCGAUGAAGUUGCCCCCAUCCUCUCUAUGUUCUUCCUGAUGUGCUACAUGUUUGUGAACCUGGCCUGUGCCGUACAGACACUGCUGAGGACCCCCAACUGGAGGCCACGCUUUCGAUACUACCACUGGACACUCUCCUUCCUGGGCAUGAGCCUCUGCCUGGCCCUCAUGUUUAUCUGCUCCUGGUAUUACGCCCUGGUGGCCAUGCUCAUUGCUGGGCUCAUCUACAAAUAUAUCGAGUACCGCGGGGCAGAGAAAGAGUGGGGUGAUGGGAUCCGAGGCCUGUCCCUCAGCGCUGCACGCUACGCCCUCUUACGCCUGGAGGAAGGGCCCCCACAUACCAAGAACUGGAGGCCACAGCUGCUGGUGCUGGUGCGCGUGGACCAAGACCAGAAUGUGGUACAUCCACAGCUGCUCUCACUGACCUCCCAGCUCAAGGCAGGGAAGGGCCUGACCAUUGUGGGCUCUGUCCUUGAGGGCACCUUUCUGGACAACCAUCCCCAGGCCCAGCGGGCGGAGGAGUCCAUCCGGCGCCUGAUGGAGGCAGAGAAGGUGAAAGGCUUCUGCCAGGUAGUGAUUUCCUCCAACCUGCGUGACGGCGUGUCACAUCUGAUCCAGUCCGGGGGCCUCGGGGGGCUGCAGCACAACACCGUGCUGGUUGGCUGGCCCCGCAACUGGCGGCAGAAGGAAGAUCAUCAGACAUGGAGGAACUUCAUUGAGCUGGUCCGGGAAACCACAGCUGGUCACCUGGCCCUACUGGUCACCAAGAAUGUUUCCAUGUUCCCUGGGAACCCUGAGCGCUUCUCCGAGGGCAGCAUCGACGUCUGGUGGAUUGUGCACGACGGAGGCAUGCUCAUGUUGCUGCCUUUCCUGCUGCGACACCACAAGGUCUGGCGGAAGUGCAAGAUGCGCAUCUUCACCGUGGCCCAGAUGGACGACAACAGCAUCCAGAUGAAAAAGGACCUGACUACCUUUCUGUACCAUUUACGUAUCACCGCGGAGGUCGAGGUCGUGGAGAUGCAUGAAAGCGAUAUCUCGGCAUACACCUACGAGAAGACAUUGGUGAUGGAGCAGCGUUCUCAGAUCCUCAAACAGAUGCAUUUAACCAAGAAUGAGCGAGAGCGCGAGAUCCAGAGUAUCACAGAUGAGUCUCGCGGCUCAAUCCGGAGAAAGAAUCCAGCCAACACUCGGCUGCGCCUCAACGUCCCAGAAGAGACCGCUGGUGACAGUGAGGAGAAGCCAGAAGAGGAGGUGCAGCUCAUCCACGACCAGAGCGCUCCCAGCUGCCCCAGCAGCUCUCCGUCCCCGGGGGAGGAGCCCGAGGGGGAGGGCGAGGCCGAUCCUGAGAAGGUGCAUCUCACCUGGACCAAGGACAAGUCGGUGGCAGAGAAGAAUAAGGGCCCCAGUCCCGUCUCCUCGGAGGGCAUCAAGGACUUCUUCAGCAUGAAGCCGGAGUGGGAGAAUUUGAACCAGUCCAACGUGCGGCGCAUGCACACUGCCGUGCGGCUGAACGAGGUCAUCGUGAAGAAAUCCCGGGAUGCCAAGCUGGUGUUGCUCAACAUGCCUGGACCUCCCCGCAACCGCAACGGUGACGAAAAUUACAUGGAGUUCCUCGAGGUCCUCACCGAGCACCUGGACCGGGUGAUGCUGGUCCGCGGCGGCGGCCGCGAGGUCAUCACCAUCUACUCCUGAGAGCCAGGACCUGCCACCCGGGCCCGAGCGCGCCCGGCCGGCGGCCCCGGAGCCCUCGCCGCGCCCCCCGCCGCUGUCACCGUUUACAUACAGACCCUGUGCCCGCGCCCUGGCCCCUUUCCCCGCUGCCUGAAGCCCGGAGGCCACGCCGCUCGGGGCUGACUCGGAGGGGACCGCCCCGCGCGGAGGCCGGAGCCCGAGCGCCCCGUUGGCUCGUCGCUCUGCGGGCCCGGCCCCGCCCCGCCGGAGGAGACGCUGCAAUAAGGCCGGGGAGGCGCGGAGGGCGGAGGAGCGGGGCCGUGAGGAGCGCCCGCGG